GGCUACGGUGCGAACUUGUCGUCCUGGACGGCGGUGUCGUGCAGCGUGACUGCCGUGGUCAGCACCAUCGUAGAGGCUGUAUAGUCAGCGGGCUGCCGUACCAGCCAGCUCUCGUGGCCGUGAACGUCAUCCUUGCGGCGUCGAUGGUGCUGGGCUUCCUGAGCCUGCGGUUCCAGCUGCACGAAGCUGGGAUCAUCGUCGCCGUGGGCGUCAUGGGGCUGUCGACCCCUGGCUGGGGGUGCAGCUGCGAGCUCGGCAGCGAGGUGUGCUUCCCGGCCCGCGAGGCCACGGUCAGCUCCUUCCUGGAGGCUUGCAGCAACCUGACGGCGGUCGUCGGCAUCCUAACAGCGCAGCGCCUCCUCGACGCCGGCAUGGGCGCCGCCGUGCUGCUGGUGAUGGCAGCGACCGCGCUGCUCGGCAGCACUUUGCUGCUCGGCUUGUCUGGGCGCUACCGCCGCAAGGAGGCAGAGCACAUGGCGGAGGUAGAGAUGGAAGGCUUUCACACGGUGGAUGACCAAAGCGGUUGCCCCCUGCACCCCACGCUGGACGCCGACUCCCCGUCGUUCCGCACCGCGCCACAGGC